UCUUUACUUCCCUGCCUCUCGCUCUGUGUGUUGCCUGGGCGGGGGAUAGCAGCGCGUGAAGCUCUUCAGUCUGGCAGGAGAGCAUUUCUCUGCCAGGAUGGUUGCAACUCGUCUCCCUGGACGUUCACAGCGGAGCGACAGGCAGGCGGCUGAAUGGGGCACCCCAACAACGCCACGCCGGGGCUGCGGCUGGUGCGUAUCUUCCGUCUCCCCCGUUCUCCUUCCAGGCUUUACAGUUGCUUCUUCCGCUAUGUAUAGUUGCUUAAACAGGCAGCCGAGCAGCCUCGUCGCGGAUAGGAAAGCGGGACUGGACACUUCUGCUGCCUGCUAGGACGUGAAGAAAAGACGUCUUGGAUUUGCUUGGGAGUCGAACCUGGUUUUGAGAUAAUUAAGUGGGUCAGAUUAAUGGGUCAAGAUUAGAACAAGACAAAAGAGGGAUCGGGGAAACUGAUGAAACAACACGAAAGAGUCAAAGGUCAGGAAAGAGCAUAGAAUCGGAAUGAGCCUGAUGACUGCAAAUUGGCAAUGAGGUGCAGGGAUUCUUCCACCAUUACACUAGGACAGUAUCUUACAGGACAUGUCUUUAAAUUACAUCAAGAACUUCUAUGAAGGAUGUCUUAGGCCUCCAACAGUGAUUGGUCAAUUCCACACGCUCUUCUUUGGCUCAGUUCGAAUGUUCUUCCUUGGCGUUUUGGGCUUUGCGGUUUAUGGGAACGAAGCCUUGCACUUCAGCUGCGAGCCAGACAAGAGGGAAGUUAAUCUGUUUUGUUACAACCAAUUCAGGCCCAUAACCCCACAGGUAUUCUGGGCUUUACAGCUAGUGACCGUACUGGUACCUGGAGCCAUUUUCCAUCUUUAUGCUGCAUGUAAAAGCAUCACACAGGAAGAUAUCCUCCAAAGCCCUGCCUACACCGUUUUUUAUAUUCUCUCUGUUCUGUUAAGGAUCAUCCUUGAAGUUGUGGCUUUUUGGCUUCAGAGUCAGCUCUUUGGUUUCCAGGUGAAUCCACUCUACAGAUGUGAUACAGGAGCCCUUGAUAAAAAGUUUAAUAUUACCAGAUGCAUGGUACCAGAACACUUUGAAAAGACCAUCUUCCUUAUUGCUAUGUACACAUUUACGGUGAUUACAAUUAUGUUGUGUAUUGCAGAGGUUUUUGAGAUUUUGUGUAGAAGAUUGGGCUUCUUGAACAGUCCUGAAUAGUCAUUACUGUUAGAAUGAAUUGCUCCCAUUUGUUCACUAUCACACAUUUGUUCACUGUCACAGUGGAGUACUCAAACUGAAACAAAUUGUCUUCUUUAAAUACAAAAGGCUGCAUCCUGGUGAAAGGGCUGUAAACUAGCACCAUGGUGUUUCUGCAAGCCAUCUUCCCCACCACUUCCUCUCAGCUGUAGUUCCCUGAGCCCCCUGAAAAGCUGUUCCUGAAGGUCAGGGGAUCCUUGGGAAUGGCAGGGGAAGGGGAUAUGCCUCAGAGAGCAGCAGUGGAAGAGGGAAAUCUGAUUCAUCUCUCCCACUACAGCUCUGUGUGCCACAUCCCACACUAUUCCCAAGGGUCCCCUGGCCUCCAAGAGCAGUUUUUUGGAGGGUCAGGGUGCUGUCAUUGGAAAGAGGUGGCAGGGGAAAUUGUGUGAGCUCAAUUGCACUUCUGCUAGCUAGGAUAGAGCCCGAAGUCUGGUAGCACCGUAAUACUCCCUUUAGAUAUAUGCAUAAUUCUACUGGAAAUUAUCAUUUAUGGGGGUGGGGUUAGUCAUUACUAAUAAAAAUAUGCUUGACACACUGAUCUGAAGCAUAUAUACGCAGAACAAAGCCCCACUGAGUUCAGUGAGAGUUUUGCUCCAGAAUGUAGGAUCACAGCAUAAGGCUAAGAUCCUAAGACCAUUUCAAUGGCAUUGAUUGUUUGUCUGGUGAACUCAAUGCAAUUUAAUUCUGAAUAAAUAAAUAAGAAGUAGUAAGAUUGUAAUAUGACUUUAUUGAAUCUAGUAGAGACAAACAAAUCUAAUUUAUUCCAUAACUUAAGGCAAAUUGGCUAGAACAAGCUACUUUAGAAUAUCAGAAACACAUGUCUUAGCUUUAAAUUCUGUGCUUUCUGAUAUGAAAGGACAAGCCAAUGUUUUAUCAUAAUUAGUUAACUAAUUAUGAUACUCAAACUGUAUUGUUAAUCAUCACACAUUUUUAUACAAUGGAAUUCUCAGACUGAAACAAAUUGCCUUCUUUAAAUACAAAGGGCUAUAUCCUAGCCAAAGGGCUGCAACACUACUCAUAAAAUGAUAGCAUUAGAUAGCAUUGAGAGAGCUAAAAAUUGCCCAUGGAACUUUAACAAUCAGUUUUGUACUCUCCGAGACAUCACAUGAUAAUGUAGCUUUUGAUUCUACAAAGUAGUUUCUGUUAAAGGCAUACUAAUAUGUGUUAUUUGCCACUUGUAAACCACAGUGCUCAGACAGAUCAGCAUGUUCUAUUUUCUUUUCUUUACCACCCUGAUUAUCUUUGAUAAAACAUGGAUAAAUUAUCUCCUAUCUCAUUGUUUUAUAUUUCUACUUGUGCAGUAAUUUGCCAGAGCUAUUUCAUUUAAUAUCUCAUGCAUUAUCUAUGGUAGGAAGAAAGAAACCUUAUACAGCAUUUUCUGCAAUUUUAGAUUAGAUAGAGGUCAUUCACACAAUCAAAAACUGUGCUGUAUCCAGGUUUGGGAGCUUUGUGUACUCCAAGUUUUUGCUUGUGUGGAAGCAAGGUAGGAGGAAAGGCUACCCAGGUUUAAGUCUCAUUGUGUUCAGUGGAGCUUACUCUCUAGUGAGUUAGAAAUUGCAGUCUUAGGCACACUUAUAUGGAAAUAUAUUUCAUUAAAUGCAGUGGUACUUACAUCUAAGGAAACAUGCAUAAGUUCAGACAGCAUGGCUAGCAUCCUAGACAGUUUCUAGGGAGUAAGUCUUAAUGAAGGUAGUUAGAUUUAUUUCCCUGUAAACAUGAAUAGGAUGUGGCUGCAAGGCCUCAGUUUUACUUGGAUGUAAGCCCAUUGAAUAAAGUGGGAUUUCUGAGUAAACUACUCAGCACUGGAGUGUUGAGCUGCUCAGCAACACAGACAAUAUUUACGAGAUUUUGUCAUCUGAUCUUGAAUUUAAAACAUCUAAUAGUAUUCAGCCAUUGCUAGACUCAUAUUGGAACCCAUCUUGAAUUAAAUACAAAUCACAGUCCCAAAGCAACCUCUGGUAGUCUCACUCAUGCUAUACACUAUUAUUUGUUACAAUAUAACUCCAUACAUUAAAAAAGCAAAAUAAACAAAUAACAGCACAGUAAAAGAGAAACCUGAGGAUACAAUAAAUUUGCCAUGGUGCAACCAUACCUUCUCCAACUUGGGCGCUUCCGGCCAGCUAGCAUCGGCUAACAGUGUUUAAGCAACUGGCAGUGCAGUGUAGCUCUUACAGUUUGUCUAGGAAGCCAGUGCAUGGCCUUCUUCAAAUAUGGCCCUUUCAUACUUACCGUAAGUGUACCUUCAGGAUAAUCCAAAUAUCUUCUUUCUAUCUACCAGACCUUGUUAUCUCUUUCUCUUACUCCACUAUAGAUUCUAUACUUCUGCAUAUACAGAUCAGUUUUCAAUACCAUUGACCAUGUGAAUCAUCUGAGGGAUUUGGUAAUAGGGGGUACUGCUUUCCAGUGGUUCCAUUCCUAUAUUUAAGGCAAAUUCCACAUUUCAGAUGGUGUCACUUGGGGAUAGUUGCUCUGUAAAAUGAGAGCUAUUGUAUGGUGUCCUUCAGGGCUCAGUCCUAUCCCAGAUGCUUUUUUAAAUCUACAUGAAACCGCUGGGUGAGAUCAUCAGGAGAUUUGGAGCAGGGGCUUAUCAAUAUGCUGAUGACAUCCAAAUCUAUUUCUCCAUGACAUCAUCAAGAAAUGGCAUAGCUCCCCAAAAUGCCUGGCUUCAGGCAGUAAUGGGAUGGAUGAGGAACAAUACAUUGAAGCUGAAUCUAAACAAGACAGAGGUACUAAUGGUGAGGAAUCAUAAUUCAAGGGACAUGAUAGAAUUUCUUGUUCUGGAUGGGGUCACAUUUCCCCUAAAAGAAGAGAUACAUAAUUUAGGAGUGCUUCUAGACCCAGGCCUCAACCUUCUCUCUCAGGUGGAGGCUAUGGCCAGGAGCACUUUCUAUCAACUUUGGUCGAUAUGGCAGCUGUAUCCAUUUGAAGAUAAUGAUCUCAAAACUGUGGUGCACUCACUGGUAACGUCUAGGCUUGACUACUGCAAUGUGCUUUAUGUGGGGCUGCCUUUGUAUGUUCAGAAACAUCAGUUAGUUCAAAAUGCAGCAGCCAGAUUGGUCUUCGGGAUUUCUCAGAGAGACCAUAUUGUGCCUGUUUUAAACAGUUGUACUGGCUGCCAAUAUGUUUCCAGGAAAAAUACAAAGUGCUAGUAAUUACCUUUAAAGCCCUAAACAGUUUAGGACCGAGUUACCUGGGAGAGCACCUUCUUCAGUAUGAUCCCCACUGCACAUUAAGAUCAUCAGGAGAGGUCCAUCUCUGGCUUCCACCAGCUUGUCUGACAGCAGUUUGGGAUCGGGCCUUCUCUGUAGCUUCUCUUGGGCUCUGGAAUGCACUCAGUAUGGAUAUUAGAGGCUUAAGAGCUUUAACAGCCUUUAAAAGAGCCCUUAUAUCUUUUUAGCCUGGCCUUUAGUGAUUACUGAAAUAAUUUUAAACUGGUUUUAAUUUUGUUUUUAAUGAGUUAUUUAUUUUGUUUUAUCUGUUUUUAUAUUUGUGAACUACCUAGAGCCAUCUAGGUGAGGCGGUAUAAAAAUCUAAUAAGUAGUAAAUAAAUAAAUAAAUAAAUUAGCUUUUCAAUGCACCAUAGUUCCAAAUGUGUGUACACAGGAGAUACAAACAUGCAUUCACAGCUUCUUCAUAACCUUCCAGCAGCAGCUCCUGUUGCAUUAGCCAACAGAUGAGCCACUUCUAAACACAUACACAGAGCAUAAAAAGCAGUUGAUUCUUAUAAGCAAACUAUAUAAGCAGCAGUUGCUAGAAAAGGCAAUGGAAAAAGCUGUAUUUGGCAGCAUAUUCAGUUCUUUAGCGUGGACAGUUUUUACAAUACUGUACUAUGAACUUAAAAUUUAAAAGACAAGGAAAUAUCAGUAAAAGAUGUUUACAAGACGAAACUUAUUCUUCAAAACCCUAGGAGAAAUCCCAGUCCAGUUGGAAGCAGUUGGAACUCUCCUAUUUGAAAUGUGUAUAAUACAGCUUUCAUCCAAAGGGCUCCAUGUGGCACAAAUAACUGUGAGGGAGGUUAGAGAGUGACUUGCCCAAGAUCCCCAAAAGAGAUCCAUACUUUAGUGAGGAUUUGAACCUGGGUUUCAAGCAAUGGCACCAAAGUGGCCUCCACUAGUCAUGUGAAUAAUUUGUAUUGAUCAGUGUUUAAUCCAGGACUUGACUAAUUUUAUCUGGAUCUGGGAGCUAGCCCAAACAUUUAGAAGCCAGACAAUGGACACAUGACAGGAUUAGCAGACGUAAUGACAGGUAUUAUUGUGGAGAGGGAAGAUGAAUGGGCUUCUUUUUAUCCCCUUUACAAGUAACACACUUAAAACAGAACCUGGGCUGCCUGGGACAAAUAUUUGAUGACAUAACUCUGCUUCGGAAUAUCCUAAUUUAUAUGCCACAGUUAAAUGAUAAAUGCCAUGAUUUCUUGGCACUUGGGAUUUGUCAAGCCCUGGUUUAAACUGUCAGUAACAAAACCAGCUCCACCAUAUUUAGUGAGUGACUAAGAUGAGCAGAAUUCGUGUUUGUUAAUGUUUGCUGUUCAGAUCCAAAAUAUGUAUUUGCAAUCCUAAACAAUAGUACUGUUUAUAUCAUAGUUGACUGUUUUAUGUUUCUGCAUGGACAUAAGUCAGAUUUCAUGUGAGCCUGUUAAGUACUGUAUGUGGAGGGGGAGGAGGUUGCUUUCGGUUAGAUUGGCCAGCUUUUCAACCAGCUUCUGCUUCUGUGGUUUCAACACCAGCUUGAUCUGUAGACAUUAAUAUGAGAUAGUUGUCUCUAUGCCCUGAAAGCUUUAUUUGUGGUUUACUGCAGAUCAGACUGAUGCUAAAAGAACAAGAGCUAGCUGGCGGCGGGGUGUUGUCUGGUCAGUUUGCAAUCCAGCUUUAAAUUAUUUAAUGUGUUUUGUUCAGUUGCUAAAUGAAUAUUAUUGUUUCAUCAAAUAUCCAUCCAUGUUUCUAGAGAAGCUGUUUAUAUCAAAUUUAAUGUAUAAUCUCAGGUACAAUAAAAACUUUUUACG